CGGGGCGUGGCCGGGAGCCCUUCAUCCCCAGCCGCCGCUGCUGCCGUCUCUGUUCUCAGCCUUGGGCUUCGCCAGGAACACGGUGGACCCGGACCGGAGCGCAGCGCCCCGCGCCUGCCCACCCACGAGGCCAGACACCCGCGUGACUGUUGGUGUGAAAGCAAGAACUCCAGAUUGUGGUCCCCAAGGCAUGGACGCACCUUUGCAGACAGAGAUGGUAGAGCUGGUACCCAACGGCAAACACUUGGAGGGGCUGCUUCCCGUCGGCAUGCCCGCCACAGACAACGAGAGGAUGGAAGAUUCCAGAAGGAGCUGUGUAGAAGGCAAGAGCUUCUUACAGAAAAGCCCCAGCAAGGAGCCCCACUUUACUGAUUUCGAGGGCAAGACAUCAUUUGGGAUGUCAGUGUUCAACCUCAGCAACGCCAUAAUGGGCAGCGGCAUCCUGGGGCUGGCCUACGCCAUGGCCAACACAGGCAUCAUUCUUUUCCUGUUCCUGUUGACAGCCGUCGCCCUGCUUUCUAGCUACUCCAUCCAUUUGCUCCUUAAGUCCUCCGGGAUUGUGGGCAUCCGUGCCUAUGAGCAGCUGGGCUACCGUGCCUUCGGGACCCCGGGAAAGCUGGCGGCAGCCCUAGCCAUCACACUCCAGAACAUCGGAGCCAUGUCCAGCUAUCUGUACAUCAUCAAGUCUGAGCUGCCUCUUGUCAUACAGACCUUCUUGAACCUGGAAGAGCAGACCUCAGUCUGGUACAUGAAUGGCAACUACCUGGUGAUCCUGGUCUCCUCCACGAUCAUUCUGCCCCUGGCGCUGAUGCGUCAGCUUGGUUACCUCGGCUACUCCAGCGGCUUCUCUCUCAGCUGCAUGGUGUUCUUCCUCAUUGCAGUCAUCUACAAAAAGUUCCAAGUGCCCUGUCCUCUGCCCACCGCCUUGAACAAUGGCACCGGCAACUUCAGCCACGUGGAGGCCAUGGAGGAAAAGGCACAGCUGCCGGGAGACCUGGAGGCUGCCGCCCUCUGUACCCCAAGCUACUUCACACUCAACUCACAGACAGCAUAUACCAUCCCCAUCAUGGCCUUCGCCUUCGUCUGCCACCCUGAGGUGCUACCCAUCUAUACGGAGCUCAAGGACCCUUCCAAGAAGAAGAUGCAACACAUCUCCAACCUGUCCAUUGCUGUCAUGUAUGUCAUGUAUUUCCUGGCGGCCCUCUUCGGCUACCUCACCUUCUACGACAGGGUGGAGUCAGAGCUGUUGCACACCUACAACAAAGUGGACGCGUUCGAUGUGCUCAUCUUGUGUGUGCGUGUGGCCGUGUUGACAGCCGUGACACUCACAGUGCCGAUCGUCUUGUUCCCGGUACGCCGAGCCAUCCAGCAGAUGCUGUUUCAGAACCAGGAGUUCAGCUGGCUGAGACACGUGCUCAUUGCCACCGGCCUGCUCACUUGUAUUAAUUUGCUGGUUAUUUUCGCCCCCAACAUCUUAGGCAUCUUUGGAAUUAUUGGGGCCACGUCUGCUCCGUGUCUCAUCUUCAUCUUCCCUGCCAUCUUCUACUUCCGAAUCAUACCCACUGAGAAGGAGCCUGCUAGAUCUACACCCAAAAUCCUGGCCCUUUGUUUCGCUGUGGUUGGCUUCUUGCUAAUGACCAUGAGCUUGAGCUUCAUUAUCAUUGACUGGGUCUCGGGGACCAGCCGACAUGGAGGAAACCACUAAGGAUGACGCCCAUCUCCUUCUGUCGACACAUUCUAGUACCCCUGGACCAGAAUCUCCAGCCCCUGCUCCCAUCCUGUGGCCAGGUUGUGGGGGUGGGGGGGGGAAGCAAGACUAGGGAGACAGACUCAUAAACACCAGGGCAAUGGUCCCUGCCCACAUCCUCUUCUGUGGAAGGUUUUGUUAAAGAGCCAGGAGCAAGGCCCUUAGGCCACCACCUGCUGGAAUCCUGAGCUGCAGGGGGGCUUCCUGAGCAGGGAACAGGGUGGGGUUGUGGCCUCAGAUCCCACCCCAACCCUUCAUCUCCUCCCACCCCCUCGCACAGCUGCAUACACUGAAGCAGACAGCUGGCUACUUAGGAGGUCCAGCUGCAGCCUACUGGGAUACUAGAGCUGGAACCCGGGCUGACAGUCCAACACCCCCCCCCAUUCUGCUCCACGGCCAGAGCAGUGCACCCAGAGAGCUCAUCCCCCCUACACCCACUCUUCCCAUCCCUUCCUUUUAUCCCUUCCGGCUCAUUUUAGACAACUCGGACCAAGUGGAUCUUCUUGUCCUCUUCUAUCUCCUUCGCAAGAGGGGAGCUGACCUACCCCCACAGCUAGGGCCAGGAGGUUCUGCCGAAGAUGGGGGUGUCUAGCUCCAAAAGGCACCGCUGCCCCUGUCCAGGGGAGGCUGGGACUCCCGGACUCAAUUCCUGGGUCCAUUGCUCACAUUCCACUACUCGAAGAAAGGCUGGGCCCAGAGUAUAUCCUACCCCUGGGAACCAAAGAACACCCCCCAAGACUGGGACGGGGUGGGGAGGCGGACAGCCCUCUUUUAUAAAUAUGAUACAGAAGACAAU